AUGUCUCGAAGGAAGAUUUCCUCCGAGUCCUUUAGCUCCCUAGGCUCCGACUACCUGGAGACCAGCCCCGAGGACGACGGGGAGUGCCCCCUGUCUAGGCUCUGCUGGAACGGCAGCCGGAGCCCGCCCGGGCCGCCCGAUGCCGCGGCCACAGCCGGGGCCAGGAGGGUGCAGCGCCGGAGGCGGGUCAAUCUAGACUCGCUGGGUGAGAGCAUCAGCCGCCUGACGGCGCCCUCGCCUCAGAUGAUACAGCAAACUCUCAAGAGGACAUUGCAGUAUUAUGAACCCCAAGUUAUUGGUUAUAGGGAUGCAGAAAAGAAUUUCCACAAUCUCUCUAACAGAUGCUCCUAUGCAGACCAUGCCAACAAAGAGGAAAUUGAAGACGUCUCAGGAAUUCUCCAGUGUACUGCUAAUGUACUCGGUUUGAAGUUUGAGGAAAUUCAAGAGAGAUUUGGUGAGGAGUUCUUUAAUAUUUGCUUUGAUGAGAAUGAGCGAGUCCUUCGAGCUGUGGGUGGCACAUUGCAGGACUUUUUUAAUGGCUUUGAUGCUCUGUUGGAGCACAUUAGAACUUCUUUUGGAAAACAGGCCACUCUGGAAUCUCCGUCAUUCUUAUGCAAAGAGCUCCCUGAAGGUGCCCUUCUGCUUCACUACUUCCACCCUCAUCCAGUGGUGGGCUUUGCCAUGCCCGGCAUGAUCAAGGCUGCAGGAAAGAAGAUCUAUCGUCUGGACCUGGAAGUGGAACAGGUUGCAAAUGAGAAACUGUGUUCUGAUGGGUCAAACCCAGGCAAUUGUAGCUGUCUGACUUUUCAUAUUAAAGAAUGUGAAAAUAGUAAUAUCACGAAGAACCUGCCCCGGGGAACCUCCCGGGUUCCUGCAGACCUCCGAAUUAGCAUCAACACUUUCUGCAGAGCUUUCCCUUUCCACUUGAUGUUCGACCCAAACAUGUCAGUCCUUCAGCUGGGGGAAGGCCUGCGGAAGCAGCUCCGAUGUGACACUCACAAAGUGCUCAAGUUUGAGGACUGCUUCGAGAUUGUUUCUCCCAAGGUGAAUGCCACAUUCGAAAGGGUCCUGCUCCGACUGUCCACCCCAUUUGUUAUUAGAACCAAGCCUGAGGCUUCAGGCACUGAAAAUAAAGACAAGGUGAUGGAAGUCAAAGGACAAAUGAUCCAUGUCCCAGAGUCAAACUCAGUUUUAUUCCUGGGCUCUCCAUGCGUAGACAAGUUGGAUGAACUUAUGGGGCGAGGGCUGCAUCUUUCUGACAUCCCAAUCCAUGAUGCCACCCGAGAUGUCAUUUUGGUUGGUGAGCAGGCAAAGGCCCAAGAUGGUUUGAAGAAGAGGAUGGAUAAAUUAAAGGCAACGUUAGAAAGAACUCACCAGGCCCUGGAAGAAGAGAAAAAGAAAACCGUUGAUCUUCUAUAUUCCAUUUUCCCUGGUGAUGUAGCCCAGCAGUUGUGGCAGGGACAGCAGGUGCAGGCCAGAAAGUUCGACGACGUCACCAUGCUCUUCUCAGACAUCGUGGGCUUCACGGCCAUAUGUGCUCAGUGCACCCCCAUGCAAGUGAUCAGCAUGCUGAAUGAACUGUACACCAGAUUUGAUCAUCAGUGUGGAUUUUUGGAUAUUUACAAGGUGGAAACAAUAGGUGAUGCCUACUGUGUUGCCGCAGGACUGCACAGGAAGAGUCUCUGCCAUGCCAAGCCCAUUGCCCUGAUGGCCCUGAAGAUGAUGGAACUUUCUGAAGAAGUGUUGACACCUGACGGAAGACCGAUUCAGAUGAGGAUAGGCAUUCACUCGGGCUCCGUGCUAGCUGGCGUCGUUGGGGUGAGGAUGCCCAGAUACUGCCUCUUUGGAAACAAUGUCACACUGGCCAGCAAAUUCGAAUCUGGAAGUCACCCCCGACGCAUCAAUGUCAGUCCUACCACCUACCAACUGUUAAAGCGGGAAGAAAGUUUCACAUUCAUCCCUCGGUCCCGUGAAGAGCUUCCAGACAACUUUCCAAAAGAAAUCCCUGGCAUCUGCUAUUUCCUAGAGGUAAGGACUGGUCCAAAGCAGCACAAGCCUUCCCUUUCAUCAUCCAGAAUAAAAAAGGUUUCCUACAACAUCGGCACCAUGUUUCUCCGGGAGACAAGCCUCUAA